GUAAAAGGAAAAACUGAGGUAGAUUGGCGGAUGGAGAAGGGAAGAGAGUAAGUGUCUACACCCCAUAGCCUAACUGGCAGAAGCCGUUGGUGUUUCAGUAGAAGUUGAGAACUUCAUUUUAGUUGGAAUGGUGUGUUUGUUUGUCUCUGUAAUACAGUAUGACAUCUCUGAUUUUUUUGUGCUCCUUGCAGAUUUGGUUGCAAUAGCAGAAAGAAUGGCGACGGUGAAGCACAAGAUACUCGUUUUAUCUGGCAAGGGUGGGGUUGGUAAGAGCACAUUCUCUUCUCAGCUUGCAUUUGCAUUGGCCUCAAUGGAUUUCCAAGUCGGUCUCCUUGAUAUCGACAUCUGCGGUCCGAGCAUCCCAAAGAUGCUCGGUCUAGAAGGUCAAGAGAUUCACCAGAGCAACCUCGGAUGGUCCCCGGUUUACGUCGAGCCCAACCUCGGCGUCAUGUCAAUCGGGUUCAUGCUUCCUAACCCAGACGAUGCCGUCAUAUGGAAAGGCCCCCGCAAGAACGCUUUGAUCAAACAGUUCCUCAAGGAUGUUCACUGGGGCGAGCUAGAUUUUCUGGUGGUUGACGCUCCACCCGGGACCUCGGACGAACACAUCUCAGUCGUUCAAUUCCUCCAAUCCACCGGGAUCGACGGGGCCCUCAUCGUCACCACCCCACAACAGGUCUCCCUCAUUGAUGUGAGGAAAGAGGUGAGCUUCUGCAAGAAAGUCGCGCUCCAUGUCCUCGGGGUCGUCGAGAACAUGAGCGGUCUUUGCCAGAAGCUCUCGGAGUUCAAAUUCAUGAGGACCACAGAGAGCGGCGAGCUGGUGGAGGUUACGGAUUCGGUCACGAGAUUAUUGAAACAAAAGGUUCCGGACGUGAUGGACGUGUUCGGGUACAGUGAAGUGUUCGACACCAGCAGGGGUGGGGCCGCCGGGAUGUGCAGCGAAAUGGGCGUGCCUUUUCUCGGGGCUGUCCCGUUGGAUCCUCAGCUGGGUAAAGCUGCAGAGGAAGGGAGGUCUUGCUUCACGGAUGACAAGUGCCCGGCAAGCGCCCCGGCGAUUAAGAAGAUUGUGGAGAAAUUGUUGCAAAGAUUGAGACCUGAAAGAACAGAUGAGUAUGGAGUUUGAGUUUUGUUUGCUGGUGUGGAGUUGCGUUUUUUUCUUCUUAUUUGCUACAGGGAAAGUUUAUUGCGCUUUUAUCUAUAUACACAUUGUUGUAGUAAGUUAAAAGGUUGAGCUAUGGAUUGUGAUAACAUGCAGACAAUGCAGUGUCUAUUGGUACAUUUAUCGUGUGAAGUUUUAAGACAUUACCUUGGCUCUUUUGAAUUGAGUUUCGAUGUCAUAUUAUGACAUUGGAUAAUUUUAGUGUUCGCCGAAGUGGUUCUUGCUCUUUUAAUCCUCCAAAACGACAGGCAGUGAUAUAAAGUAUAACAGUCUGG